AUGAUAUCUUGUACUAAUCAUCAUCGUACUAUCUAUCAAAAUAAUUUAAAUAAUUCAAUCAAUAAUUCUAACAAUACAGUUGAUAAUAAAAAAAUAGAGACUCCACAAGGAACAUUUCAACCAGCAAGUCAAUCAACAUCAAAUACCAAUUUAAAUUCAUUAGCAUCAUCAGUUAACAAUGGUGCAAGUGUAGGUUCAACCAAUGGUUCAACACCAAAUAAUUCCAAUGGAUCAACACCAACCUAUAAUCAUAACAACUCUGCAGAGGAGCUUGAAAAACAAAAGAAAGAAGAGGAUGAAAAAAGAAAGAAAUCAGAAUUGGAGGCUGCUGCAGCCGUAGUUGCUAAAAAGAAAGAAGAUGAAGAGAAACAAAGAAAAGAACAAGUUGAACUUGAAAGAAAAAGACGUGACGAAGAAAUUAGAAGAACAAAUGCAGCUGCUGCAAAUGCUGCCAAUAAAGAAUUGAAUGAACAAGUUGAAAUUUCAAGUCUUGAACAAAUGGGUAAACUUGAUCCAUCUUCAACCAUUCAUGAUAUGUUUAGUUUCUUCCCAAAUGAAGUUUAUAAUUCUUAUGAAAAAUUACAAUAUUUUUCAAGAGAUUUAAAUACAGCAGUAUCACAUCCAGAAAUUGUAUUCGUUGGACCAAGAUCAUCAGGUAAAUCAUCAUUAAUUGAAGCAUUUAUUGGUAGAGCAUUAAAUAUUGUUGGUGGUGGUAAUAUUGUUGGUGUUGGUGGUAGUAAUGCUAAUGGUUGUUCAAAGAGAGUACUUUAUUUACAAUUUACAAAUAAUAUUGAUUUUGAAGUACCAAAAGUAACAAUUAAAAAAGAUAAUACUAUUAAAGAGUUUGAUCAUGAUAUCAUUGUUUCAAUUGAACAAUUGAAUGAAAAUUUAGCAAAAAGAAAUCAAUUAACAAAUGAUUAUAUUGAAGAACCAAUUUAUGUUUCAAUUGAAUCAAGAACUACUUUGAAUUUAACAUUGAUCGAUUCACCAGGUUUAUUAUUUGACCAAAGUCAAGCAGAAUCAAACAAGAUUGAAUCGAUUGUUAGCUCAUUGUUACGUCCAUCACAUCGUUUAAUCAUUGCAGUUGAGUCAUGUAGUCAAGAUUGGAAAUCAAUGUCAAUGGGACAAUAUCUUAAAAAGAUUGAUCCGGAAUUAAGUAGAUCUACCUUUGUUUUCACUAAAUUCCAUCAUACAGUACGUGGUUUCAGUAGUACUCGUGAUAUUAAUAAAUACUUGAGUGGUACAGUGCCUGAUAUUAAAGGGUUCUUUGUGACCUUACCAAAUCAUCAAGUACGUGCAAGCUAUUCAGAAGCAAAUCGUUUCCAAGAGAAAAUCUAUCAAGCUCAUAAGAGGGAUAUGCAUGCUUUGGAACAACUUCAAUAUGAUAAAAGAUAUGAACGUACAAUUGGUGUGGCACCAUUGAGAAGAUACAUUUUAAAUAUCGUUUGGAAAUCCUAUCAAGAUACAAUUCCACGUAUUCUCAAACAUUUAAGAUCAAAACGUCAAACUGCUGAAGCAACACUCAAUGAAUUACAAAAACAAUCCUCAUCAUUGGAUAGCACUAAACUUCGUUCAAUCGCAUCCAAUUACACUGUCACCUUUUUACAAAUCACUGAGAAACUCCUUAGUGGUACAAGCGAGGGUAAUCCAUCAGCAAAUGGUCAAACUUUGGACGAGGAGAAAUCUCAACAAGGUGAUUGUGGUGAAUGGGUUGACGCAUACAAAGAGGCAAUCUACAUUGAUCCUGAAGAAUGGAACAUUCCAUAUUGGUCAAGUAAAUUAUAUGGUGGUCAACAAUUGGAGCGUCUUAUGGCAGAGUUUAAAGCCGUAUGUGAUAAUAGUAAAAUCUCUGAAGUUAAAAUGGAUGAUAUUGCCACCGCAAGUGGUAUCAAUAAAUUAAAUAACAUUCCAAAUUAUGCUUGGGCCGCAAGUGAUUUAACUUCACUCAUAUCAAGAGAUACCUUUGUUCCAUUGAUUGAACAAUUGUGUGAACGUGCCAUGUACAUUAUGAAAAGAUUAACCGAUAUCGCUGAUAAAGUUAUCGAUAGUCGUAGAAAGAGUCGUUGUAUUGGUUCAUCACCAUUUGGCGGUAACGGUUUAAAUAAUAUUAACAGCGGCGGCAAUAAUGGCAUCAACAUCAAUGAUCGUUUAUCAAAUACUGAUAUGGAUAGUUUAGAUCAAUAUCCAUUCUUUACUCAUCAUGUAAAGAAUCUUUAUUAUGAUUUCGUUCAUAGAGCUGCCAAAGGUUGUAAAGAGAAAUGUAUGGACGAAUUCUAUUCUUCAAGAACUAUCUAUUGGGAAUUAACUGAACAUCCAGAUAGUUCAUUACCAAGUAUUAGAAAUGAUCAUCAUGAAACUAAAACUGCUGUUUGUCAAUUGGCUACAAAAUUAUUUGAUUCCAUUCGUCAAAGAAUCACUAAAAAUGUUUUAUUAAAGUUAUACAAUUUCUUUUUGGUACCAAUGCAAACUGACCUUUGGAAUGAAAUUCAAGCUCAAAUCACUUGUCUCUCAAAUGAACAAUUGGAACAACUCUUUGAAGUUCAAGCAACUCGUGAACAAUUAAAACAAGAAGAAAAGAAACAACAACAAAUUUUAGAAAAAUAUUCUCAAAUUGAUGAGCAAUUUUUAAAAGCUGCUUCAUUAUUUUGUAGACCAUUAUCUAAUCCAACUCCAUCUGCUUAA